CACCGCCACAAACAAACAAACGCCAACAACAAACAACAAGCAACAAGCAAAAGCGAUGUCGGGAGGGCGAGUGCGGUGGUGCACGGACUUGGAGAAGAAUGCGCUGGUGAGCAACUUUGAGCGCCGCGGGUGGCAGCGUGUGAGUUCGGAUGAUCAGUGGAACGUGUACUGGGCGACGGUGGGCACGGUACACAGGCUGUUCAGCCCCGACCACGGAUACAGGCUCAACGACAACCAGAUCCUCAACCACUUUCCAAACCACUACGAGCUCACCCGUAAGGACCUGAUGGUGAAGAACAUCAAGCGCUACAGGCGAGACUUGGACAAGGAAGGGUCGCCGCUCGCAGCAAAGGGGCGCGACGGCCGCUACCUCCAUCUUGAUCUCGUCCCAGACACGUUCAUGCUGCCGUCAGACUACAGCAUCUUCGUGCAGGAGUUUCGACGCCACCCACACACGACCUGGAUCAUGAAGCCAUCCGGCGCAGCACAGGGCAGGGGCAUCUUCCUUGUGACGAAGCUGUCACAGCUGAAGCGCUGGUCAAAGGACUCCAAAGCGCAGGCGCGCAGCUAUGUCAUCUCGCGCUACUUGGACCGGCCGUACCUGAUUGGCGGGAAGAAGUUCGACCUUCGCCUGUACGUGCUGGUGACGAGCUUCAGACCGUUGAAGGCGUACAUGUCGCGCCUCGGCUUCUGCCGGUUCUGCACCGUCAAGUACGAUGCCAGCACGUCCAGCUACGACGACAUGUUCAUCCACUUGACCAACGUCUCGCUGCAGAAACACAGUGGCGAGUACAACGACAUCCACGGCGGCAAGUGGCACGUCGACAACCUCCGUCUCCACGUCGAGAGCACGCGUGGCAAGGAGGCCGCGGACAAGUUGUUUGAUGACAUGAAUUGGGUCAUCCUGCAGAGCCUGAAGAGUGUGCAGUCUGUCAUGAUUAACGAUCGGCACUGCUUUGAGGUGUAUGGCUAUGACAUUAUCAUCGAUGAUGACUUGAAGCCGUGGCUCAUCGAGGUGAAUGCGUCCCCCAGUUUGUCGGCCACAACAGUCGCUGACCGCAUCAUGAAACACACAGUCAUCGACGACGUCUUCAGCAUCGUCUGCCCAGACAACAGAAUGCCCGAUGUCCGGAACCCAGGCGUUCCAACUCGGGAACAGAUGGGCACGUUUGAAGUGUUGUACGAUGAGACGCAGGAUGUUGCUGUCGUGGCGGAAAAAGAAAAGCGGCGAACGCUCACGCGCCGUUCGAGCUCAACCUGGAAAUGAAGUCGACCAACACCUACGUCACCGUGCCUCGUAGUGUUACAUUACACACCCUGUGGCUGCCCUCAUCUUUGUUUCCCUCCCUUCGUUGAAGCUCAUUUGUAACAAAGCAACGCCUGUGUCGGUGAACCUGACUGUAUAUAUCAAUUACACGAAUGGAGUACCA